UGUGCCUGCUGUCGCCGCCAUUUUUUGUUCCUGCUCCAGACCGGCAGGACCGACUCGUAUCGAGUCGCCACGGUGGCACCGCUGAAGGAUGAUAACCGAACCGCCGAUGGCCAAUUCAAGACAAGACGCAAAAUGCCACCAAAGAAGAAAGGAGAUAAUUUGGAUGAUCUGAAACAGGAGUUGGACAUCGAUUAUCACAAAAUCACACCGGAAGAACUGUACCAGCGACUUCAGACACAUCCAGAGAAUGGUCUCAGCCACGCGAAGGCGAAGGAGAACCUAGAACGAGAUGGACCAAACGCACUUACCCCACCUAAACAGACGCCCGAAUGGGUCAAGUUCUGUAAGAAUCUCUUCGGUGGCUUCGCUCUGCUGCUGUGGAUCGGUGCUAUCCUGUGUUUCAUUGCCUACUCGAUCCUGGCCAGUACCGUCGAGGAACCGGCCGACGAUAACCUGUACCUCGGCAUCGUGCUGACCGCCGUCGUGAUAGUUACCGGUAUUUUCUCGUAUUAUCAGGAAUCGAAAAGUUCGAAGAUUAUGGAAUCGUUCAAGAACAUGGUGCCCCAGUUUGCGACCGUGCUGCGUGAAGGCGAGAAGCUGACCCUGCGCGCCGAAGAUCUGGUCAUCGGUGACGUCGUAGAGGUCAAGUUUGGCGAUAGGUUACCGGCCGACAUCCGUAUCAUCGAAGCCCGAAACUUCAAGGUCGACAACUCGUCGCUGACCGGAGAGUCGGAACCGCAGUCCCGUGGCCCAGAUUUCACCCACGAGAACCCCCUGGAAACCAAGAAUCUGGCCUUCUUCUCGACCAACGCUGUGGAAGGAACUGCCAAGGGUGUCGUCAUCAGCUGCGGUGAUCACACCGUGAUGGGUCGUAUCGCUGGUCUCGCCUCCGGCCUGGACACCGGUGAAACUCCGAUCGCCAAGGAAAUCCACCAUUUCAUCCAUCUGAUUACCGGUGUCGCUGUGUUCCUCGGUGUGACCUUCUUCGUGAUUGCCUUCAUCCUCGGCUACCACUGGCUGGACGCCGUCAUCUUCCUGAUCGGUAUCAUCGUCGCCAACGUGCCGGAAGGUCUGCUCGCCACCGUCACCGUGUGUCUGACCCUGACUGCCAAGCGUAUGGCCUCGAAGAACUGUCUGGUCAAGAACUUGGAAGCCGUCGAAACGCUCGGAUCGACCUCGACCAUCUGCUCGGAUAAGACCGGUACGCUGACCCAGAAUCGUAUGACUGUCGCCCACAUGUGGUUCGACAACCAGAUCAUCGAAGCCGACACCACUGAGGAUCAGAGCGGAGUGCAGUACGACCGUACCAGCCCUGGAUUCAAGGCCCUGUCCCGCAUCGCUACCCUGUGCAACCGUGCCGAAUUCAAGGGAGGUCAAGAAGGUGUCCCAAUCCUGAAGAAGGAAGUCAGCGGUGAUGCUUCGGAAGCUGCUCUGCUGAAGUGUAUGGAACUGGCCCUCGGCGAUGUCCUGAGCAUCCGUAAGCGCAACAAGAAGGUCUGCGAAAUUCCGUUCAACUCCACCAACAAGUACCAGGUUUCCAUCCACGAGACGGAAGAUGCCAGCGACCCACGUUACCUGCUGGUCAUGAAGGGUGCCCCCGAACGUAUCCUGGAACGCUGCUCGACCAUCUUCAUCAACGGAAAGGAGAAGCUGAUGGACGAAGAGAUGAAGGAAGCCUUCAACAAUGCCUACCUGGAACUCGGAGGUCUCGGUGAACGUGUGCUUGGAUUCUGCGACUUCAUGCUGCCAUCGGAUAAAUUCCCCGCUGGAUUCAAGUUCAACUCGGACGAAGUGAACUUCCCGUGCGAGAACCUGCGCUUCGUCGGCCUCAUGUCCAUGAUUGACCCUCCCCGCGCGGCUGUCCCCGAUGCCGUCGCCAAGUGCCGCUCCGCCGGUAUCAAAGUUAUCAUGGUCACUGGUGAUCACCCGAUCACGGCCAAGGCCAUUGCCAAGUCCGUUGGUAUUAUCUCGGAGGGUAACGAAACCGUCGAAGACAUUGCCCAGCGUCUAAAUAUCCCGGUUUCGGAGGUUAAUCCUCGUGAGGCUAAGGCCGCCGUUGUGCACGGUUCGGAACUGCGCGACCUUUCCACCGAUCAGAUCGACGAAAUCCUGCGCUACCACACCGAGAUUGUGUUUGCCCGUACCUCACCGCAGCAGAAACUGAUCAUUGUGGAAGGUUGCCAGCGAAUGGGAGCCAUUGUGGCUGUCACUGGUGAUGGUGUCAACGAUUCGCCUGCCCUGAAGAAGGCCGAUAUUGGUGUCGCUAUGGGUAUCGCCGGGUCUGAUGUGUCCAAGCAGGCCGCCGACAUGAUCCUGCUCGAUGACAACUUCGCUUCGAUCGUCACCGGCGUCGAGGAGGGCCGUCUCAUCUUCGACAACCUGAAGAAGUCGAUCGCGUACACGCUCACGUCCAACAUUCCGGAGAUCUCGCCCUUCUUGGCGUUCAUCCUGUGCGACAUUCCGCUCCCGCUCGGAACCGUCACCAUUCUGUGCAUCGAUUUGGGAACUGACAUG